AGUCCCAAACUGAAGAGACUGAAGUAAGGAUGGCAGUUUGGGACAAAAAGAUUCUCUGGGCCGUCAUGGUGGUCCUGACAGGAGCUCUGGGUGAAAGAGUGAACUAUCCAGAUCCUGUUUGUGGUAUAAAAGGAUCGACCAUCACCCUCCCCUGCACCUUCACACCACCAAAGUCUGUCAAUGACAAUGGAACAGAAGUUUUGAUCGAUAUCAUCAGAGUCGUCUGGUGCAAGAACCAUACAAUCUGUCAGGGAACAACUCCGUCUGUGUACGACAGCAAAUCAAACAACAACAACCCUCGUUACAGAUACCUGGGAGACAAGAAGGGAGACUGCACUUUACAGAUCUCAGAUCUACAGGAGGAAGACAACAAAACUUUUCACUUCAGAAUGGAAGCUAAUGAUGACAAAGCACAUUGGACUGGCCAGUCAGGAGUGAGAGUGACAGUCCAAGAUGGUGCUCGGAUGAAGAUAAGAAGCUCCAGAGAUGACGGAGAGUUUAAAAGAGGGGAAGAAGUCACACUGAACUGCACCACAAACUGCUCUAUCCACCAACUGGAGGUCAGCUGGUUCAGAGAUGGCUCCGCCCUCUCAGAGUCUGGCCCCACCAUCCAUCUCAGCUAUCUGACUGCAAAGGAUUCUGGGAAAUACACCUGUGGUUUGAAGAAGAACAACCUCACCCUCUCAGAGCUGUACAGCCUGCAUGUGGAGGAAGGAGGAGGUCUGCCUCUCGCUGGUCUGGUGGUCGGGGUCCUGCUGGUUCUCUUCGCUGUUAUUCUGGUCGCUUGCAUCAUCAAAAGGAAGAGAGCAGCAGGUCGGGACCAGACAGCCGUGGGACGGGACGAGGAACAAAAGCACUCUGAGAACAUCUACAGCAACAACUUGCUGCCACUUGCUGAGCAGCAGGGACCCAACAGCGCUGUGGAGGAAGUCAGCUACGCCUCGGUCCAGUUCACACACAAGAAGCAGACCAGACUGGCAGAGGAGGUGGAGGACUCCAUCACCUACAGCUCUGUAGCCAGAACAGGCUGAAGAUAAACCGCACCA